GGUAGUUAUUUUGGUCAGAGGGUGAAGUCUGCGGGCGGGGGAGGUGGCUCAACUCUCAAGGAAGGGGGCGAAUCGGGGGAGGCAGUGUUUGGGCAGCAAAUGGGGAGAGCGUUUGUUUAUGUGAUUGUUGGAGGAGGAGUCGCAGCUGGCUACGCCGCCCAUGAAUUUGUCAAGAGAGGCGUUUCUCAGGGUGAACUUUGCAUCAUCUCUGAAGAGCCUGUUGCACCUUAUGAAAGGCCUGCAUUAAGCAAAGGUUAUUUACUUCCGGAAGCUCCUGCACGCCUCCCUUCAUUUCACUGUUGUGUGGGUACCAAUGAGGAAAGGUUGGCUCCAAAAUGGUACAAAGAACAUGGUAUCGAAUUGAUUCUCGGAACUCGAGUUAAGUCUGCAGAUGUGAGGCGGAAGACAUUGCUAACUGCAACAGGAGAAACCAUAAGCUACAAAUAUCUCAUUGUUGCAACCGGGGCUCGGGCCUUGAAGCUUGAAGAGUUUGGAGUAAAUGGAUCAGAUGCAGCUAAUGUGUGUUAUUUACGAGAUUUGGCUGAUGCAGACAGACUUGUGAGUGUGAUGCAAUCUUGUACUGGUGGAAAUGCUGUUGUGAUUGGUGGUGGCUACAUAGGAAUGGAAUGUGCAGCAUCUUUGGUGAUAAACAAAUUAAAUGUUACCAUGGUAUUCCCAGAGGCACAUUGCAUGGCCCGAUUAUUUACCCCCAAGAUUGCUAGUUAUUAUGAAGAAUUUUAUCAGUCCAAAGGAGUGAAGUUUAUCAAAGGAACUGUGCUGGCAUCAUUUGAUUUUAACGCUGAUGGGAAGGUGACUGCAGUAAAUCUUAGAGAUGGGAGCAAGCUUCCAGCAGAUAUGGUUGUGAUUGGGAUUGGGAUUCGUCCUAACACAAGUCUGUUUGAAGGUCAACUAACCAUGGAGAAGGGAGGAAUCAAAGUUAACGGCAAAAUGCAAUCAAGCAACAGUUCUGUCUAUGCAAUUGGUGAUGUUGCCGCUUUUCCAGUCAAGGUCGUUGGAGAAACACGCAGACUUGAGCAUGUUGACUCUGCACGAAAGUCUGCAAGGCAUGCAGUUGCUGCAAUCAAGGAACCUGAAAAGUCAGGUGAAUUUGACUACCUGCCCUUCUUUUACUCCAGAGUCUUCACAUUGUCGUGGCAGUUCUAUGGGGACAAUGCAGGGGAAGUCGUCCAUUUUGGAGAUUUCUCUGGAAAUACGUUUGGGGCUUACUGGAUACACAAGGGCCAACUUGUUGGGUCUUUCCUUGAGGGUGGAACUAAAGAACAGUAUGAGGCCAUAGCCCAGGCUACAAGGCUUAAACCAAAAGUUGAAGAUUUGGCCGAGCUUGAGAGGCAGGGCGUGGAAUUUGCAUUGUCGGUGAGCGAGAAAGCUCCCUCUCCGCGGCCAACUGAGGUUGGUGGUGGUUCUGGCAUGAUACUGGAGAAACCAUUAUAUGCCUGGCAUGCAGCUGCUGGAGUUAUUGUUGCUGCAUCAGUGGCAGCCUUUGCCUAUUGGUAUGGCAGAAGACGAAGAAGGUGGUGACAUGUUAUGGCAUCUUCAAGGAAGCUUCAUAUUUAUGAUUGUACGAUGCAAUACCAAUGUUGUAGCAUUUUAGGGUAAUGAGACUUGAAACUCUUUCCAUAACACAAUAAUUUACUUUUAAGGCAGAAGUAGACUCCCAAGUAUUUAUUGUUCUCGGAUUUAAAUUUAUCAAACACAAUUCAUGGUGUAUAUACUGAAGUCCUACUCUACAUUCAAUUAUCUGAAAUAAAAUCACGUUCCAAGGGCUAACUCAUA